GACGCAUCGUAUUUAAAGUGAAGCGGUGGCUGUUGGAAGCUACACUACAGUUUUGUACCACAACAAGCUGGCAACGAGGAGAGGAUUAACGACAAAGAAGGAAACACAAACAGCGUCUCUUGGAACUCGGCGUCAAGAAGAUACAAUGGCGAGCAUAAUCUUUGCAGAGCAGGAAAAUGCACAACUUCAUGGAUCUUCACAGAAUUUGCGCCGGCGACUUAAAUCUGUUCCAGAGAAACUAAAGUCUCCUAUGAUGGCCAAAACGAUGGCCACACCGCUCUCAUCUGGCCGCAAGGCUUUUGGUGUGGUGGGCAACAGGAUUUCAACACCAGCCGUCGAAACGCAGGAGAAGAAACUCGUAAAACCACAGGAAACAAAAGCGACUCUGACGCCUCAGACCAAAGUGGAGGAAUAUCCAGAAGUUGAGCAGUUUAUCCCUUAUGACCCAUUAGACUUUCAGAGGUACAGUGUACCUGAUGAUCUGAUUCCUCUUAGCUGCAUGGCUCUGUCUGGGUUGGCUUGCUUUCCGCACAGAUGUCCUGAUCUGGAUGAGGAAAAGAUGAAAGAGCUCCCAUUCCUUUCCCCUGUGGAAAUGCCCGAGUGUCCAGCCGACUACACGGAGCUGACAGAGUUCCUUCAAACUAUUGACGAGCUUACUGAACUUCCUUCAGAACCUGAGUUUUGAUGCAUUUAUUAAUGCUCUGUAUUUUUGUCUCUAAUAAAGUUGUUUUACCACGUU